AUGAGUUACCCGGACCAGAGAACCAACGACGAGUGGCGUGCGGUUCUUAACAAAGAACAAUUCCGCAUCCUCCGUGAGAAAGGGACAGAGCCCCCGGGGUCCGGAACGUACGACAAACACUACCCAUCUGAAGGUGUAUAUGGGUGCGCCGGCUGCGGUGCUCCCCUCUACAAGGCCAACCACAAGUUCAAAUCUGGCUGCGGCUGGCCUGCCUACUACGACAGCAUCCCAGGUGCUGUUACCCGCCACGAAGACCGUUCCUUUGGCAUCUCUCGCACGGAGAUUGUCUGUUCGAACUGCGGCGGCCACUUGGGCCACGUAUUUAAAGGGGAGGGCUUCGACACGCCCACUGAUGAGCGGCACUGUGUUAAUAGCGUCAGCUUGACCUUCUCCCCGCAGGAUAAAAGGUCGACGGGUGAGGGAGACGGAAAGGGUAAGGAGAGCAAGGCUUGA